GAGACCUUUAUAGUGGUGGCGGCGCUAGCCGUAGUGGGUGCUUCAGCAGGAGUGGCACUGUCAGCGGUGGGACCCGAAGAUGUAGCGGGGGUGGGUGGGGAAGAAGAGUCGCUGUCGGGGGAAGGUGGAGAUGAGGGUUCAUCAUCAGCAGGGGAAUUUGAAGUUGGAGAAGAAGUUGGAACAGAAUCAGAAUCAGAAGAGGAGGAAUUAGAUGAAGAUGAUGAUGAUGAUGAUGGUGAUAUUGAUGAUGAUGGUGUACUGGCUUUAGGGGAAGAGGCAGGGGUAGGGGAUGAUUUUGGGGUGGCGGCGGUGGGGGCAUUAGCACUGCUCUUUGGUGCAGCUGCUGAUUGCGUCGAGGCAGAAGGCGAUGAUGAUGGGGUUGUUGCUGGUGAUGACGAUGAUGAUAAUGAUGAUGAUAGUGAUGUUGCUGAGUUCAUGAGGGAAGAGGCAGGGGCAGGGGAUGAUUUAGGGGCGGCGGCGGUGGGGUCAUUAGCACUACUCUUUGGUGCAGCUGCUGAUGGCGUCGAGGCAGAAGGAGAUGAUGAUGGGGUUGUUGCUGGUGAUGACGAUGAUGAUAAUGAUGAUGAUGGUGAUGUUGCUGAUGUGGAUGAUGAUGGUGAUGAUGAUGGUGAUGAAGAAGGGGAGCUACUUGGGGAAUUAGCAGCUGAAGCUAAUCCAGCAAUGGCAACAAAGAGGAGAGCCAAAACAAUAACUUGA